AUGACGAUGGCCGUUUAUAACACUGUCCUCCGGCGCUGGCCGUCCCUUAUCUUCCUAGAUCCACAGGAAGAUAGCCCAGAAGAGCUCGCACCACUGGAUCUACCAUCCGAGUAUUCAGAGACGCCAGACGAGACUACUUUCUGUGCGGAACGAUUCAGUCCUAAAUAUCUCGAGGACCUUCGAGACUCCUCUACAGAGUAUUGCACGACAAAUUCAACGUCGCAGAUGACCUGUUUCCACAGCACAACGACACCCGAUCGCGUGGACACAUUUUGCCUGGGCCGCGACGUACUAUACGACGCCUCGUCAAAGAAAUUCCAUCUGGAGUCAUACGGGGAAUUCCACGACUACUGGUACAGAACCGGCCCCAGCACGGUGAUAUAUAACUGGGUGGACGUACAAAACACAACCCUGAACAGCACGAAGCCCAUCAAUGAAACAGACUUCACAAUCCUGGUCAAACGAGAAGGCUCGCAUAAUCUGUGGCAUUCGAUGAUGGAGCUAUUCUCCAUGACUAUGACCAUGGAUGUGCUCCAGAUGAGCCGUGCGGAGAACGAAACUCAACCUUUUUGGACUCCUUCUGAUGCGAAAAACACGCAGGUGGUCCUGCUCGACGACAACGAUGAUGGCCCGUACAUCGAUCUCUGGUCUCUUUUCGCUGAGAAACCCACGGUGCGCUUAACCGAUCUUCCUGAGAGCUCGACACUGGAAAAUAUCAUCGUGCCGCUCGCAGGGGGCAGUAAUCCGCUCUGGCAAGGCGACUGGGAAAUCCACCCGUGUGAAGACUCCAGACUCCUGCGGACGUUCUCGCGCCGAGUCCUGGAUAGCUAUGGAAUCGGGGAUAGUGCACCGCGCCAGGGGCCAGAGAUCACGCUCACCUUCAUCAAUCGCACCGAUACGCGACAACUCGUCCACGACACCAGCUAUCUCGAGGAGGUAGAAGCCAAAUACCCGCACGUCAAGGUCCAAUCUAUAGACUUCGCCGCGAUCCCGUUCAAAGACCAGCUGCGGAUUAUCCAGGAAACCGAUAUUCUGGUAGGAGUGCAUGGGGCCGGAUUGACGCAUGGGAUGUUUCUACCGGUGCGCUCGACCAUGGUCGAGAUUCUUCCGUCGGCGUUGAAUCACAAGGGGUUUCGCAAUGUAGCGGGUCUUCUGGAUCAUUCUUACUUUAGUAUUCAUGCGUCGACGAAGCAGUCAGCGAGGAAGCGGAAUGACUGGCAUGGGGAUGACGUCUUUCUGGAAAAGGAUAGGUUCAUGAAGAUUAUAGACGUUGCGAUCAAGGGGAUGUAUAAUCGGGGAGAGAGGAAUUAUGAUGUUAAAUGA